AGGAGGAGUGGAGUUUACUCCCGCUCUCUAUUCGAGGGCACACGGGGUUCAGAUCAUAAUGAAUUAAACUCUGACAGAAUACGGGUAGGAUUCUUGUGUAGUACAGGAAAGAGCAUGCUCAUCAAUACGCUAUUUUAUUCAUUCGCGGGAUGUUCUAUGUCGUUUUGGAGAGACACAGAAAGGCAAUUUCUGAAGCCGACAUUUCUUCUGUUGGAAUAGAAGACAAGACGCACUUCAACUUCGGAUUGGCUCGAGAGGAAACGUCGUUCGCUGCUUUGAAGCAUACUAAGUAAUUCAAUUAUUCUUUGCGGUGACGAAAAUUGAGUUUGAAUACAUUUAAAUCGAUAUCUUCCACACACACCGCUAUUUCGUCUGAUGUUUGGACGGCUAUCACUGAGCCGAAACUAUGGUGAUAGAAAUCCGUCACGGAUUUGACUAAAGACGCGCCGCAGAUAAAGGAAUAACAAAUCUUCAGAGAAACAAAAAAAACUCAUCGCUGUCUGAAGUCUGAAGGAAUGGAGCCUUCCAUAGUAUUACUACUUAUGACACUUUUCGGUUUGGGUGAGGGGUCGUCCCACAACUACUCAGAGGGCCGCUCCAACCGCCUGCUGUCUCUGGAGAAGAUGUUUGGUCGUCCUGCGAAACACUCCCAGUGUCAUCACAAGUUGAAACAUCUCCACCACGGGGCCCGGAUCACCGUCCAGAUGCAUCCCAACAUAGAGGGUCACUGGGUCUCUACCAGCUGUGAGGUACGUCCUGGCCCAGAGUUCCUGACGCGGUCGUACCGGUUCUUCCCCAACAACACGUUCCAGGCCAACCAGUUCUACUACAGGGACAACCACUGCACCAGCCCCACCUACACCCUGGUGGUCCGGGGACGGCUGAGGCUCAGACAGGCCUCCUGGAUCAUCAGAGGAGGAACAGAGGCUGACUACCAGAUCCACCGCACACAGGUGGUGUGUCACAGCGCGGCCGUGGCCAGGGACCUGAGCCAGAGGUUAAACCAGAGCUGUCCGGGCACCGUGAGGAUCAAAGCACCCUGGGAACCCAACGUCAGCUACGAGCUGUGGAACGAGGAGGGCUGUGACUGUUCCAGAGAGAUCAACUUCUCCAUACACGAGCUACAGCUGCUGCGUGUGGAGAAACAGUACCCUCAUCAUAACUUGGACCACAUGGUUGAAGAGCUGUUCCUGGGAGACAUCCACACUGAGGUAGCCCAGAGGAUGUACUAUAGACCCUCUAGUUACCAGGCCGCGCUACAGAGUGCCAAGAACCAUGACCCCGGCUGCAUCGCCUGUCUUAUCAUCUACCGGUCGGAUGAGUUCCACCCUCCCAUCCUGGCGCCGCGGGCGGACAUGACAGUGGAGCUGACUGGCCAAUGGGUGAGCCAGCGCUGUGAGGUCCGUCCUGAGGUCCUCUUCCUGACCCGUCACUUCAUCUUCCAUGACAACAACCAGACCUGGGAGGGCCACUACUACCACUACUCUGACCCCAUCUGCAAACACCCCUCCUUCAGUAUCUACGCUAGAGGGAGGUACAGCCGAGGGACGCACUCAACCCGAGUUAUGGGAGGCACGGAGUUCGUCUUCAAAGUGAAUCACAUGCGUGUGAUGCCCAUGGACCUGGCCAUCACGUCCCUCCUCAACGUGUUCAAAGGUAACGAAUGUGGCACCCAUGGUUCCUGGGAGGUCGGAGUUGAACAGGACGUCACCCUGACCAAUGGCUGCGUGGCGUUGGGGAUCCGCCUGCCCCACACAGAGUACGAGCUGUUCCGGAUGGAGCAGAACGCCCACGGACACCUACUCCUCUACAACGGACAGAGACCCUCAGACGGGACCAGCCCCGACCGGCCAGAUAAACGAGCAACCUCGUACCAAAUGCCCCUGGUCCAGUGUUCAGCUAGCAGCCAGAGGUCAGAGGUCGUGGGAGGGGAAGACGAGGACCAACCCCUGAGGCUGAGUAAUGGUGGAACCAGAAUGACGUGGAACCAGAACCGGAGGGAUGUUGUUGUGGUUCUGACCACGCUGGUACUGUUGUUCCGGUGUUACAGCUAAGAACUGACAGUCUGGUUUUUCAUAGUUAAAGAACAGACCUAUUGGUUUUUGUACAUAAAGACACUGACUGUGUGGAGGACUGUGAACCGUGAGAGAGGACUCUAAUCUGACUCUACUUCGGCGUCUACCCUGAGGGAAAGGAGAAUGCUAGUUGCCUUUGACGCACUUGAACUUUUGAAAUAUAUUUUUGGUCUCUUUUAAAAGCGAUGGAGGCGUUUAAAAGACAAGGUGGAGCAGUAGGCGGAGAAAGAGCGGAGAAAGAGCGGAGCGACUGGAGAAAGAAUGGAGAGACUGGAGAAAGAGCGGAGCGACUGGAGAAAGAAUGGAGAGACUGGAGAAAGAGCGGAGCGACUGGAGAAAGAAUGGAGAGACUGGAGAAAGAGCGGAGCGACUGGAGAAAGAAUGGAGAGACUGGAGAAAGAGCGGAGCGACUGGAGAGUAGUUCCUUUGAUGCCUCUGUUGCUUUGAACUCCACUCGGUUAUUACCAGAGGUGCCACCGCUGCAUCACAAUAACUGCACUUUAUAACUAGAGAAGACUAGAACUAGAGAAGACUGGCUAUAGAACUAUAUAAGUCUGGCUAUAGAACUAUAGAAGUCUAGAACUAGAGAAGACUAGAACGAGAGAAGACUAGAACUAGUCUGGCUAUAGAAAUAUAGAAGUCUAGAACUAGAGAAGUCUUUGGCUAUAGAACUAGAGAAGUCUUUGGCUAUAGAACUAGAGAAGUCUUUGGCUAUAGAACUAGAGAAGUCUUUGGCUAUAGAACUAGAGAAGUCUUUGGCUAUAGAACUAGAGAAGUCUUUGGCUAUAGAACUAGAGAAGUCUUUGGCUAUAGAACUAGAGAAGUCUUUGGAUAUAGAACUAGAGAAGUCUGGCUAUAGAACUAGAGGUCUUUGGCUAUAGAACUAGAGAAGUCUUUGGCUAUAGAACUAGAGAAGUCUUUGGCUAUAGAACUAGAGAAGUCUGGCUAUAGAACUAGAGAAGUCUUUGGCUAUAGAAGUAUAGAAGUUUUUGGCUAUAGAACUAAAGAAGUCUGGCUAUAGAACUAGGGAAGUCUUUGGCUAUAGAACUAGGGAAGUCUUUGGCUAUAGAACUAGAGAAGUCUUUGGCUAUAGAACUAGAGAAGUCUUUGGCUAUAGAACUAGAGAAGUCUUUGGCUAUAGAACUAGAGAAGUCUUUGGCUAUAGAACUAGAGAAGUCUUUGGCUAUAGAACUAGAGAAGUCUGGCUAUAGA